CGGCAAUUCCAGACUCUGCUAGGGUUAGCAGAGCAGCCGGUAACGUUGCUGGACCGGGACGCACGCUCAGCUGAGGAGGACCCCCAAAGGCAGGCAGUCGGGGAUCCAGGGAGCGGGGACACCUCCGGGCGCGAGGGGGCUGUGUCUGGGCUGCCUGUUGGCUGGGAAGGAGAACGCACCAGGACCGCUGUAUGAGUUGAGCGCUCGGGGAUCCCGAGGGUGGUCGCGGCAGCGAUGUGAUCGCGAAAGAAGCCGGUGGGAGAACCGGUCGAGGGGCUAGGUGUCUUGACCCUAAGGGCUGGAGUCCGCCGAGAAGGGGCUGACUGGGCCACAGGGUCGGCUGAUGAACAGCGCGGUCCGUUCUUCCUCCUGGACUACGGGAAAGUCUGGCUUCACCUGUGCACAACAGAUUUUUAUUGUUAGGUAUAUUGACCAAAGUUUAACGAGAAGAACUGUGACCAGCUGGGAGGAUUGCUGCAAGGAAUGGAAUUAGCUCAUAGCUUACUGCUGAAUGAAGAAGCAUACAAUCAACUAGGUGAAGUUCAGAAGGCAGAGUUUAUUUUUGAGUGGUUGAGAUACUUGGAGAAGCUCUUGUUGGCAACCAGCAGGAAUGAUGUAAGGGAGAAACAGAAGACUCUUGUAGAACAGCUCCUGUCUUUGUUGAACAGCUCCCCAGGGCCUCCUACCCGCAAACUGCUUGCUAAGAAUCUAGCCAUACUUUAUAGUAUUGGAGACACAUUCUCCGUUCAUGAAGCAAUCGAUAAAUGUAAUGAUCUUAUUCGUAGCAAAGAUGAUUCUCCAAGUUAUCUUCCCACUAAGCUUGCUGCUGUGGUAUGUUUGGGUUCCUUGUACAAGAAGUUGGGUAGAAUACUGGGUAACACCUUUACUGAUACAGUGGGGAAUAUUCUUAAAGCUAUGAAGAGUGCAGAGUCUCAAGGCCGAUAUGAGAUUAUGCUAAGUCUGCAAAAUAUAUUGAAUGGACUAGGAGCUGCUGCUGCACCUUGUCACAGGGAUGUUUAUAAAGCUGCUAGAUCCUGCUUGACAGAUAGAUCCAUGGCUGUUCGUUGUGCUGCUGCAAAGUGUCUCCUUGAACUUCAGAAUGAAGCCAUCUUUAUGUGGAGUACGGACCUGGACAGUGUGGCCACACUGUGUUUUAAGUCCUUUGAAGGUUCCAAUUAUGAUGUGCGGAUUUCUGUUUCAAAGUUACUAGGCAUAAUAUUAGCUAAAGCUGUAAUUUCUAAACAUCCAGGAACAGCAGCCUCACGUCAAAGCAUUCGCAGAGUAUCUUUGGAGGAAGUUCUGGAAUUACUAGGAACAGGGUUUCUACGUGGGAGUUCAGGAUUCCUUCGAGCCAGUGGAGAUAUGCUGAAAGGAACCAGUUCAGUCAGUAGGGAUGUUCGAGUUGGAGUUACUCAGGCUUAUGUGGUAUUUGUUUCAACACUAGGAGGAGCUUGGCUAGAGAAAAAUUUUGCUGCCUUUUUUUCUCAUAUCCUAAGCCUUGUGUCACAGUCACACCCUAAAGCCACCCAAACUCAGAUUGAUGCCGUCUGCUGUCGCCGUUGUGUUUCAUUUAUUCUUCGAACUACUAUAGGUGGUCUUCUUGGAGAAAAGGCUCAACUUGCUGCUGUAAAGGAUAUUUGCCAGGCCAUCUGGAAGCUAAAGAAAGUUAUGGAUGCUGUAAUGAGUGAUGGUAAUUUGGAAACCCGGCUUGGUUCCACAGAUGUAGCCGCUAGCCAGCAUAUGCUGGUUUGUGCUUUACAAGAACUUGGAAAUCUCAUACACAAUCUUGGCACCACAGCGGCACCUUUGCUACAGGAUUCAAGUACAGGUCUCCUUGACAGUAUCUUGUCAGUUAUUCUUCAUCCUAGCAUUUCUGUUCGACUAGCAGCAGCUUGGUGUUUACACUGCAUUGCCGUGGCAUUACCCUCCUACCUAACACCACUCUUGGAUCGUUGCCUUGAACGGCUUACUGGACAUAAGUCUUCACCUGAAGCAGUGACUGGCUUCAGUUUUGCUGUAGCAGCUUUGUUGGGAGCAGUAAAACAUUGUCCUUUAGGAAUUCCUCAUGGAAAAGGCAAGAUUAUUAUGACAUUAGCAGAGGAUUUGCUGUGUUCUGCUGCUCAAAACAGUCGCCUUUCAGCUCAGCGCACACAAGCUGGAUGGUUGCUGAUUUCUGCUCUGAUGACAUUAGGUCCUGCAGUUGUUAGCCAUCACCUUGCUCGAGUUCUGCUGUUGUGGAAGUGUGUCUUUCCAGCAUCUCCUAAAGAUCUAGAAACAGAAAAGAGCCGAGGAGAUUCGUUUACAUGGCAGGUGACCCUGGAAGGACGAGCUGGUGCACUGUGUGCUAUCAAGAGCUUUGUUUCCCACUGUGGUGAUCUUCUUACUGAGGAAGUAAUUCAGCGUCUUCUUCCACCACUUCCUUGUGCUGUGGAUUUGCUAACUCAGCUUUCUUCAAUACUAAAAAUGUAUGGAAGUCCUUUGAAAACACCGUCAGUGGUUUAUAGACAAAGACUUUAUGAACUGUUGAUUUUAUUACCUCCUGAGACCUAUGAAGGAAACCUCUGUGCUAUCCUCAGAGAGCUGGCUGCUGACUUGACUGCCCCUGAUAUUCAGGUGGCAGCAUCUACAUUUUUACUUCCACCCCUCUGUCAUCAGGAUGAUCUUUUGAUAUUAAGUCCUUUGCUACAAGAGACUGACCAUAGAUUUAUUGAAGAACAGCUCCUGCUUGGUAAUGGUGUUGCUUGCGGAAGUCUUGAAUAUGACCCUUAUUCGAUUUAUGAGAAAGAUGUAGAGGGAGAUUCAGUGCCUAAGCCCUUACCUCCAGCGCUAUCAGUUAUUAGUUCUGCAUCCAAGCUCUUUGGGGUUGUAUGCGCUCAUGUGGGAGAAACUCAAAGGCUUCUUAUAUUGGAACAGCUUUUGGACAGUAUAAAGCACACAAAAGGAGCUCGUCAGCAAGUGGUUCAGUUACAUGUUGUUUCUUCAGUUUCUAGUUUCUUGAAGUACGUGGCUGGCUCCAAGGGAUGUUUAGGUCCAGAAGAAAUGAAAAGAUUUGCCUUAACAUUAGUUACGGGAGCCCUAGAAAGCCCCAACCCCUUGCUGAGAUGUGCAGCUGCAGAGUCAUGGGCUAGAUUAGCCCAAGUGGUAGAUGAUGGAGCUUUUACUGCUGGAUUAGCUCAAGUUAGCUUUGACAAAUUGAAAUCAGCAAGGGAUGUGGUUACCAGAACAGGACACUCAUUGGCCUUGGGGUCCCUACAUAGGUAUUUAGGAGGAAUAAGUUCUUCUCAACACCUAAAUUCUUGUAUUGGAAUCCUUUAUACUUUGGCGCAGGACAGCACUUCUCCUGAUGUGCAGACCUGGGCAUUACAUUCUCUAUCAUUGAUCAUUGAUUCUGCUGGCCCACUCUAUUAUGUGCAUGUGGAACCUACCCUUUCUCUUAUUAUAAUGUUGUUGUUAAAUGUGCCUCCUACUCAUGCUGAAGUUCACCAAAGCCUUGGUCGCUGUUUGAAUGCCCUUAUUACCACGUUAGGUCCAGAGCUACAAGGUAACAGUACUUCAAUUUCUACCUUAAGGACUUCCUGUCUACUGGGUUGUGCAGUAAUGCAAGAUAACCCAGACUGCCUUGUUCAAGCUCAGGCCAUCUCUUGCCUUCAGCAGCUUCAUAUGUUUGCUCCACGACAUGUCAACUUGUCUAGUCUGGUUAGCUGCCUCUGUGAGAUCUUGUUGGAUAAUUCUGUGUUGGUGAAUCUUUGUAGCCCCUACUUGUUACUGAGAAGAGCAGUACUGGCUUGCUUACGUCAGCUUGUACAAAGAGAAGCAGCUGAAGUUUCAGAACAUGCUGUUAUGCUUGCUAAGGAUAGCAGAGAAGAGUUGACUCCAGAUGCUAACAUCAGAGAAGUUGGCCUUGAGGGGGCAUUGUUGAUCUUACUAGACAAGGAGACAGAUGAGAGAUUAUGCCAUGAUAUCAAAGAGACUUUAAAUUAUAUGCUUACAUCUAUGGCAGUGGAAAAACUCUCCCUGUGGUUAAAGCUUUGUAAAGAUGUACUUGCUGCAUCAGCUGAUUUUACAGCUGUAACUUGUGUGGAUACAAUGCAAGAAGAAGAAGGAGACAAAGGGGAUGAUGCCUCAGUCCUGACCACCAGACGUGAUGAAAAAUCCCAUCCUUUUACCAAUCCCCGAUGGGCUACUAGAGUCUUUGCUGCUGAAUGUGUCUGUAGGAUAAUUAACCAAUGUGAGAAUGCUAACAGUGCACAUUUUGACAUUGCUUUAGCACAAGAAAUGAAAAAAAGAGAUUCAAGAAAUGACUUUUUGGUACUGCAUCUUGCUGACUUAAUUCGCAUGGCUUUUAUGGCUGCCACAGAUCACAGUGACCAGCUCCGUCUUUCUGGCCUUGAAAUGCUGUUAGUUGUUAUUCGGCGAUUUGCGACUGUUCCAGAACCAGAGUUUCCAGGUCAUGUGAUUCUGGAACAGUAUCAAGCCAAUGUAGGAGCAGCGCUUAGACCAGCCUUCACUUCAGAGACACCACCUGAUGUCACUGCCAAAGCAUGUCAGGUUUGCAGUGCCUGGAUAGCAAGUGGAGUUGUAAGUGACCUUAAUGAUCUCCGAAGAGUUCAUCAGUUGCUUGUUUCAUCGUUAACUAAAAUACAGGCUGGAAAAGAAGCUCUAAGUCACUUAUAUAAUGAAAGUGCUUCUACCAUGGAGAUCUUAGCUGUGCUUAAAGCCUGGGCAGAGGUCUACAUAAUUGCUGUGCAAAGACAUAAAAACCACAGACAACCUUUGAAGACUACCACCUGUUUAGAAGACGGUAUCAGAAAUGGAUCAUGUUCAUCAGAUGGACUGCUUGACUUAGUCUAUGCAGAUCUUGGCACACUAAGCAGACUCUGGCUUGCUGCACUUCAGGAUUUUGCUCUUUUAACUUUGCCUUCAGAAUUUGCCUCCCAACUUCCUGCUGAAGGUGGUGCUUUCUACACAGCAGAGACUAGUGAAAAUGCAAAAUUGCAUUAUUACAACUCCUGGGCACUUAUCCUCCAUGCUACAGCAUUGUGGCUUACAAGCACGGGUUUUGUUGUUGCUGACCCAGAUGAAGGAGCAUCUAAUCUCUCCAGGCCUGUAACACCAACUUCCAUGUGUCAGGGUUCAUCAUCUGGGGCUACCAUAAAGUCCCCUGAGGAUGUCUACACUGAUAGAUUCCAUCUUAUUUUAGGAGUCAGCGUGGAAUUUCUGUGUUCCUUACGUUCAGAUGCAACCAUGGAAAGCAUAACUGCUUGUUUACAUGCAUUGCAAGCACUUCUAGAUGUACCUUGGCCCAGAUCAAAAAUUGGCAGUGAUCAGGACUUGGGUAUAGAAUUGCUGAAUGUUCUACAUCGAGUAAUUUUAACCAGAGAAUCACCUUCCAUUCAGUUGGCUUCACUUGAAGUGGUAAGGCAGAUUAUCUGUGCUGCUCAAGAACAUGUGAAGGAAAAAAGACGAAGUGCAGAAGUUGAUGAUGGGGCUGCUGAAAAGGAAACUCUGCCAGAGUUUGGAGAGGGAAAGGACACCGGAGGACUUGUGCCUGGAAAGUCUUUGGUCUUUGCAACACUGGAAUUGUGUGUAUGCAUUCUAGUUAGACAGCUCCCAGAAUUAAACCCUAAAUUGACAGGUAGCCCAGGAGUAAAAGCUACGAAGCCACAGAUACUAUUAGAAGAUGGAAGUAGAUUGGUUUCAGCUGCAUUGGUUAUCCUUUCCGAACUUCCUGCAGUGUGCUCUCCUGAAGGAAGCAUCUCAAUUCUCCCUACUAUAUUGUACCUCACAAUCGGGGUCCUCAGAGAGACUGCUGUGAAAUUACCUGGGGGCCAGUUAUCUUCGACAGUUGCAGCUUCCCUACAGGCUCUAAAAGGAAUAUUAUCUUCUCCCAUGGCCCGGGCAGAAAAGAGCCGUACUGCUUGGACUGACCUUCUCCGAAGUGCCUUAACAACAAUUCUUGACUGUUGGGAUCCAGUUGAUGAAACACACCAAGAACUUGAUGAAGUCAGUCUACUUACUGCUAUCACAGUGUUUAUUUUGUCUACCAGUCCAGAAGUAACUACCAUCCCAUGCCUUCAGAAGCGCUGUAUUGAUAAAUUUAAAGCUACUCUUGAGAUAAAAGAUCCUGUGGUACAAAUCAAGACCUACCAGCUCCUACAUUCCAUCUUCCAGUAUCCAAAUCCAGCCGUUUCCUACCCAUACAUUUACUCUUUAGCAUCCUGUAUCAUGGAAAAACUGCAGGAAAUAGACAAGAGAAAACCUGAAAACACUGCUGAGCUUCAGAUCUUCCAAGAAGGCAUAAAGGUCUUAGAAACACUGGUUACUGUUGCUGAAGAACACCAUCGCUCUCAGCUGGUGGCCUGUCUUUUGCCCAUCCUCAUUUCCUUCCUUUUGGAUGAAAAUUCUCUGGCAUCAGCAACUUCCAUAAUGAGAAAUUUACAUGACUUUGCUCUACAAAAUCUCAUGCAAAUUGGACCUCAGUAUUCAUCUGUUUUUAAAAGUUUAGUGGCUUCUUCUCCAGCCCUAAAAGCCCGCCUUGAGGCUGCUAUAAAGGGCAAUCAGGAAAGUGUCAAAGUCAAGAUACCAACAUCUAAAUAUACUAAGAGUCCUGGAAAAAACUCAAGCAUCCAAUUAAAGACCAGUUUCCUCUGAUUUUUUUUUUUUUUUGGAAUAGUAAGCACCUUAAUAUAAUACUUGAUCAUUUCCUUUGGUGACAAAAGGGACAUUUUAGACACAAGUGCCCUUAGAGGUCUAGUUGAUUGUUUUACCUUAAAUAGCUGUGACUCUUCAAAGUAACAGCAUACUUAACAUUUUUGUGUGUGUGCGUGGGGUUUGUGUUUUGUUUUGUUUUGUUUUUCUAUUUAAAAAGACAAUGGAGCUAACUUACCAGGAAUUUUAAGAAAGUGCUAAAGAACUAAACUUACUAAACAAUCCACUGCUUUAAAAAUGAAAUGAAUUUCUUCUAACAGUCCAUACAUAUGUGGUAUACUUAAUACUGUGACAGAUAUAAAUAUGACUCUAGUGUAAAUUAUCUGCACUAAUAUUGUAUCCCAAUUGCUGAUUUAAAAUUCUGCUUUGGCCAGGCACAGUGGCUCAUCCCUGUAAUUCCAGCACUUUGGAAGGCCAAGGCGGGCGGAUCACGAGGUCGGGAGUUUGAGAUCAGCCUGACCAACAUGGUGAAACCCCGUCUCUACUAAAAAUACAAAAAUUAGCCGGGUGUGGUGGCGCACACCUGUAAUCCCAGCUACUCAGGAGGCCGAGGCAGGAAAAUCGCUUGAACCUGGCAGGCAGAGGUUGCAGUGAGCCAAGAUUGUGCCACUGCACUCUAGCCUAGGCGACAGAGUGAGACUCCAUCUUAAAAAAAAAAAAAAAAAAAAAAAAAAAAAAUUCUGCCUUAUUCAGUAAUUGUAUUAAACUUUCUCUGAUUUCUCCAAGAAGAUAAAAUGAUUGGAGAGCUAUUUAGGAAACCUGGUCUAGGAUUAUCCAGUAUACAAUAGUACAAAUUACUUACAGCCUUACAGUGCGACAUAAGAUUUGGUGUCUAUAUCAUGGUUUUCCACCAUCUUUUGGUUUAGUUAUAUAUUGGGUUCAGAAAAUGAGUCUUACUCAUUUUAAAUAGAAUAAGCCAUCUCCACUAUUUUUCAAAUGGAUUUUUCUGUUUACCUCUGUUCUUACCAAUUUUGUUCAUUUUCAUUUGUGGCAAACAUUUGUAUCAAUGAGUUUUAACCUAGGUUCAUAUCUACAUUGUAUUUAGAUCAACUAUGGGUUUAUAUAAAUGCCAAAUUUAGUACAACAAAUUUAGGUCAUCAGGUGAAUACAAGUAUUUUUUUUAACAGGAAACAUAUUUUAUUAUAGAAAAAAGAUUAAUGAUAAAGUCAUAUUGGUUGAAAAAUAUUUUUUAACUGUGUUCAUGAUUGUUUGUUGAUUCUCCUUCUACUUUAGUGUUAUACUGUGUGAAUCAAGCACUGUGUCAAAACAGAGCAUUUCCCUGUUAAAAAUUACAAACCGAAGUGAUAGAGGCAUGUCAGAAUUGAGAAGACAUUUUGAAGCAAGAACAAUGUGAUGUACCUAUUUUAUUAUGUUUGUAUAUAAAUACUAUUGUAAAUUGUUCAGAGUGAAAACAUUUGACAAACUCUAACACUACAAUCAUUUUUUCUAAAUUACAUAAAUAAAGCUAAUUUUCAUUAUCA